AUGGGUGAGCCAACAACUAAUAUUCCACAGAAAUGGGAGACAAUAGUAAUACUUAUUGUGUUCACUUUUAUACUGUUCAUCCAUGCUCAACAAGUGGAGUCUACAGCUAGGCUAGACUUCCUGUGGAAAGUUCAGGCAACAGAAGAGAAAGAGGAGAUGGAGAGUUUGAGAGCUUACAAUCUGAAACUAGUUGCCAAUAUAUUACCACUACAUGUUGCUCAACAUUUCCUCAAACGAGGAAAUAAAGAGGAGGAUAUGUACUACAGUGACAGUGAAUGUACCUGUGUAAUGUUUGCAUCUAUCACAAAUUUCUCAGAGUUUUACAUUGAAUUGGAAGGCAACAACGAGGGAGUAGAAUGUCUCAGGCUCUUAAAUGAGAUUAUAGCAGACUUUGAUGAGAUUUUGGAGGAAAGGAAAUUCAAAUGUAUAGAAAAGAUCAAGACUAUUGGCUACACAUACAUGGCAGCCAGUGGGCUCACACCUGAAACCAGCUUUAAUGAUAUGAGUCAUGUAGUGGCCCUGACUGAGUACGCUUUUUCAAUACAGGAACAGCUGAGAAGUGUUAAUGAACACUCCUUCAAUAAUUUUAAAAUGAGGAUAGGAAUGAAUGUGGGUCCAGCUGUGGCAGGUGUUAUAGGAGCCAAGAAGCCUCACUAUGAUAUAUGGGGUAAUACAGUGAAUGUGGCUAGCAGGAUGGACAGUACAGGUGUAUCUGACUGUAUACAGGUAACACAGGACAUGUACAAUAUUCUUGAACCUCUGGGAUACAUGCUGGAAUGCCGGGGUAUGGUUACAGUAAAAGGGAAAGGAGAAAUGGUGACUUAUUUCUUAGUUGAUCGGCCAAGUAAGGGAAGCUGAAGAAACAUGAAACUCGUAAGGUCAAGGCCACAAAUUUAAGGUCAAAGGUUAAUAUUUAGCAAUGAUGUCUAAGAGCAGGAGCUGAUCGACCUUUUGUUGUGUCAAUGUCUUGCAAGGGAAGUUAUGAUGGCUAAGAGACCUUGAAACAAGAUAUGAGGUUGAAGGUCAGAUGGUAAAUAUGAGUAACAAAUGUACUGAUUUUGUUCUAUUAUUAGAAUUAUAAGCUUUUAAUUAAUUAUAGUGCUAUGUGGAAGUAUUUUGAAAGUCAGGUUGUUAAAACUGUGACAAAACAAAAACCAGUAUUUUUUUUUGCAUAUGAAAAUGAUGUGGAAAUUGUACAUGUGAAAUUUUGGUGUGAGAAGAAAAACAUUAUUUUGUAAAAUAUUUUUUAUCUUUCAAUGUUUUAUACAUGUAAAUUACAUUGAAUAAUGUUCAUAAAUUUUGAUAUUGUAUUGAACAGUGCAUAAUUUCAUGUAUUUUCUUUUUCAACCAAAUAUAAAAGCACAUCUCAAGUUUUAGUUAAAAACUGAUGAACUUUUCAAAAGAUUGCAAAUUCUAAAAGUGAAAAUAUUUAAUUUGACGUCAAAUUAUAUCAUAUUAAUAACAACAUAGAGUAUUUUCUAAGUAAGCUCUAAAUAUUUUAGUGGAAUUUUCAAUAUUUUCUAUUUUUGAAAUACAUUCUAUCAUAUUGAAAAGUGCUCAUUUGCCUCUCAGGGUCAGCUUUAUGUAGUUUGAAUUCUAAAAUUCUCAUUUUCAUAGAAGUCUUUGCAUCUCUAAGUUCCAGCAGGUGAGGUGGUACUGACCCCUGGUGUUGCUUAAAGUUUGUAACACCCGAGGUUAGCCAAAUUCAUCUUUCCUGUUUUGGCGCAAUAUGACCUAAAUUAUGUUGUUGCAGAUGAUAAAACCGAACAAAACAAAAAAUCAUACAAAAGUAUAUUCAGUUAAAUGUCCCUGUUUUGAGAGGGCACCUGUCAAGCUGUUCCACAAGUUCUUACUAUUGUUUUGGCUGGGUCUUAAAGACAGGUCUUGGACAAUAUAAGAAAAGUUAGUAGAAUUAAUUAAUAAUUAGUAUUUAUUUAAAAUUUGGGGCAUCUGUGGCAGGGUGGUUAAGGUUGUUUACUUCAAUCCACUUGCCACACACCACUGUGCGUUUCGAAUAUUGACAGGGACUUUGGAUUCUUUCAUGUGAGGAAGCUAUGCAGCUAACUUAUGGAAUGUUGGUGGUUGUACUCAGGUGGCUGUUUGUGUCUAGAAUAAUUAUUAAUGCACAAAAUGGCACCUGACAUCUUACUCAACCUGAGUACAGCUGGAAAGUGGACAUAAAUUAUGUGACUUAUACUGUGUCGGUUUGAUGUAAAAACCAAACAGAAAAAAACAUUUAAAAUUGUCCAACUUUGACACAUGUUUGAAUCAUACAUGUGUCAUCUUUGUGUAACAUUAUAAAUGAAAUCCAAAGAAGGAUGGAUGGGACUUUGAUAAAUUUUACAUGUAUAUAUAUUAUUGUGUGGGGCGAAAGGACAUUAACAAAUAAAUUCAUGGUUUGAUUUUGCAUAAUCUUAGGAUUAAAGCAAACAGUAAGUUGUACCUGCAAAACAAAAAUGUAAGAACUUCAUUGUUUUUAUAGUAUUAAUGGUAUUAGAAAUUAUGGCAGAAUACUUGAACUUGACUGAUUAAAUAAUGAUUAAAUACGAGAUAAGUUGUUUUCUUUAACCAUUGUUGUUAAGGAUAGGACUCGGGUCUUUUGUUAUUUUGAUGAUAUUUUGAUGUUGUACAUAAAUAUGAGCCGCGACAUGACAAAACCAACAAAAUGGGUUUGCGAUCAGCAUGGAUCCAGACCAGCCUGCACAUCCGCACAGUCUGAUCAGGAUCCAUGCUGUUCGCUAUCAGUUUCUCUACCUGCAAUAGGGUUUUUAAGUGAACAGCACAGAUGGCAGGCUGGUCUGGAUCCAAGCUGGUCGCAAACCCAUUAUGUUGGUUUUGUCGUGACAUGGCUCAUAUGUAAAAAAACAACUGGCUAAUGUUUUUAUUGUUGAUUGAUUUGUGUUUCUCUCUGUGAUUUCUCUAUCUGAACUGUGAUGUAUGUAUGUAAUAUGUAGUAAUUUCUUGUACAUUUUAUCACUCAGUCAAAUUUUGGAUGUAAUAAAUGUGUAUGAGAUGAUGGCCAACCAUUGAAUACAAUGGUAUGAAAAUAAGAACAUUGUUUUUUUUCUCACUGUAUAUGCUGUAUUAUUGGUCGACCUUCGAUUUUGUCAGUAAAGUGGUAAAUUUGCUUAAAUAUUUUAGAAUUGGCUUCUGACAGAAUUAUUAAAUCUUCUGAUUUUUUUUUGCAAUUGAGAAAGCCUUAAUUAAUUAACUAAUUAGACUAUUAGUACUUAAUUAAUUAACUAAUAAAUACUAAAUUAAUUAUUUAAUUUACUCGUAUUUAUAUAAGAAAACAUACUGGUUAUUUUAUUUCAAGAAAAAGCAACUGCUAUAAUUAUGUGGGUUUUUUUUACUCCCUGAUAAUGUUUGUACAUACACCGCCAAAAUGAAAAUGAAACUUUAUUUUACUUCUUGAGAAUGACAUUGAUUCAGUACAUUCUAUAAUUGAUUCAAAACAUGAUUUAUUUAAUUAACUGUAAAAUAUGAUUCAUAUCACAAAUUUUGCCUAAAACUUUCACUCAGGAAAUACAAUGUAAGUAGCCUUUUUCCACCAGUACAUUAUUAUUUAUAGAGCAUAUUUUUGAAGUCAGACAAGACUGACUGACUGUAAUUUUGAUAGCACAGUUUUUAUAUUUUGUUAUUGAAAUCCCUUUAACUUUGAAUAGACUGUUCCAAUUUCAAUGCUGGGCAAAUUUAUUACACAAAAAGCAGGUGUUUAAAGGUGAAAGAUUGCUGUUACAGUAUAAUAAAAUUGACAAUUAUUACCAAUUUUGAGACAAAAAUUUACCUUAUGAUUUUAAAAAGUUUAUUAUCAAUUUAUAGGAUUAAAUCAUUAUACAUGUAAUACUGGCAGGAUUGUAUUGUAACUACGAGUUUAUACAUGUUUCUUUCUUUUUAUGUUAUUUGUAAACACCUUUUAAUACUGGUAACCAAAUCUUCUCUUUUGUUAUGUCAUGUUGGUUCAUUGCUGUCCAAGCUCUACAUAAUUGUAUGAACCAUAUUACAUAACAAAAGAUUUGGUUACCUAUAAGGUGUUAGUAACAACCUUUUAUAGUAUUGUAAAUGAAUUGAAAAGAAACAUAAAAGAGGCAAUGAUUGCUUUGGAGAUAGCGUUCUAAUCCUAACACUUAAAAGGAUAUUGGUUGAAACACAAUUGUUAAAAAAAUAUGUGCUUGUAAAUAAAUUUUAUAAAACAGUCAAUAUAAAUGAUUAAAAGAAUGCAUGUAUAUAUACAACAAGCAACAUGUAUAAAAUCGUUUUUACAGUAUAAUCUUGUUGAAAUUUGCUUAAUGUUUAGCCAGAGUAAACUUUAAUUUGAUGUUAAGGGAGGUAAUUAUGAUAAUAAAAAAAAGGACAACCCUCACAUCCCUUUAGAAAUUGUCUUUUCCAUCCAUGUGUCUGUGUUUUUCUGCUUUUGUUCUUUUAAAAACUACAUGUACAUAAUCAACAUUUUUGUCAAAGCCAAAAUAAAGAUCUUUAUCAUUCUUGAAAAAAAAUAUCUGGACAAGACAUUAUUGUGGCCUUUGGUGAGGAUUGUCCUCAUUUUUUCGUCUUAGGUUGUCAUGUGAAUUCCAUAACCGUGCAAUAAUUGUGUGUGAUAAGUGCUCUCAAAAUUAAUCCAAUUAAGAUAUUGUAUUUUCAUUUUUUGUAUAUAUAAAUAAAUAGUUUACCUGAAGCUAAUCAAGGGACACAACUUUAUCAUAUAUACUUGUAUCAUAUGAAUGCACUUAGAGAGCUUCAUGAAUUUGAGUCUACUUUUUUCACAAAAUGAUAGUCACUCGUUUCUUGCCUUAUUGCUUAUUGUCAUAUUUUAUUAGUCCCCUACCGGUUUACCGGAGGAGACUUUAGGUUUACCCUCCGUCCGUCUGUCCGUCCGUCAGUCCGUCAGUCCACAAAACUGGAUCCCGCGAUAACGCAAAAAGUACUGAAAAUAUUUUAAUGAAACUUGAUAUAUGGAUAGAUGGCAGUAUGGAGAUUAUGCACGUCUUUUUCUUUUCUUCCUAUGUUGAAAAUUCUGGUUGCUAUGGCAACAAAUAGACUGAAAAUAUGACAAAUUUUACACAUAACCUGGAUCCCGCGAUAACACAAAAAGUACUGAAAAUAUUUUAAUGAAACUUAAUAUGUAGAUAGAUGGCAGUAUGUAGAUUUUGCACGUUGUUUUCUUUUUUUCCUAUGCUGAAAAUUCUGGUUGCUAUGGCAACAAAUAGACUGAAAAUAUGGCAAAUUUUACACAUAACCUGGAUCCUGCGAUAACACAAAAAGUACUGACAAUAUUUUUAUGAAACUUGAUAUAUGGAUAGAUGGCAUUAUGGAGAUUAUGCACGUUGUUUUCUUUUUUUCCUAUGUUGAAAAUUGUGGUUGCUAUGGCAACAAAUAGACUGAAAAUAUGGCAAAUUUUACACAUAACCUGGAUCCAGUGAUAACGCUAAAAGUAUUGAAAAUAUUUUUUAUGAAACUUGACAUAUGGGUAGAUUGCAGUAUAGAAAUUAUGAACAUCCUUUUCUUAUCUUCCUAUGUUGAAAAUUCUGGUUGCUAUGGCAACAAAUAGACUGAAUUUCAAGAUUUCUGAUUCUAGUUUUUAAGUUUUUUCACUACAAGUUCUUUAUUUCUUAAGGUAUUUUCUUCAAACUUUAAAUAUAAGUUGCUAGUCAUCAACCACAUCAUAUGUGACAAUGUUUAUAACUCUAGGACAAAAUUUAUCAGA